UAACAUUCGACCACAAGCGUGUACCAAUCUCUCCCGCUCUCCGCUCCUCUGUGUUCUUACAAGUUACAAGACCACCGACUAUGGCGAAUCCUGAUUUGUCUUCUCCUCUGAUCACAUCCGAUCAACCAGAGGUCUUCAUCUCUAUCGAUGACGACGACGGAGAUGACUCGGUUCUCGAUAAUCAAGACCACCACCACCCUCGUGGUUUCGAAUUCGACCAUCUUAAUCCGGUUAACCCUUUCGGGUUUCUCACCGACGCCGAGCCUCCGGUUCAGAGUCCCACGACGGUGGAUCCGUUCCGGAACGAUACUCCUGGAGUUUGCGGACUCUACGAAGCGGUCAAGAUCGUGAUUUGCCUCCCGAUUGCUUUGGUUCGGCUAGUCCUGUUUGGUGUUAGCUUAGCUGUUGGUUACUUGGCAACGAAGCUAGCACUUGCUGGGUGGAGCGAUAGACACAACCCUAUGCCUCAAUGGAGAUGCAGAAUCAUGUGGGUUACUCGCUUCUGUACCAGAUGCAUCCUCUUCUCUUUUGGUUAUCAGUGGAUAAGACGGCAAGGGAAACCUGCUCGGAGAGAGAUUGCUCCCAUCAUUGUGUCAAACCAUGUCUCGUAUAUUGAACCAAUCUUCUACUUCUAUGAGCUAUCACCCACCAUUGUUGCAUCGGAGUCACAUGAUUCACUUCCUAUUGUUGGAACUAUUAUCAGGGCUAUGCAGGUGAUAUAUGUUAAUAGAUUCUCACAGGCAUCAAGGAAGGACGCUGUGGAUGAAAUAAAGAGAAAAGCUUCCUGCGAUAGCUUUCCCCGUCUGCUGCUAUUCCCGGAAGGAACCACUACUAAUGGGAAAGCUGUUAUUUCCUUCCAACUCGGCGCUUUCAUCCCAGGUUACCCCAUUCAACCUCUCGUGGUUCGGUAUCCACAUGUACAUUUUGAUCAAUCUUGGGGAAAUAUUUCUUUGGUGAUGCUCAUGUUCAGAAUGUUCACUCAGUUUCACAAUUUCAUGGAGGUGGAGUACCUUCCAGUUAUUUAUCCUAAUGACAAUCAUAAACAGAAUGCUGCGCGUCUCUCGCAGAAGACAAGUCAUGCAAUUGCAGCAUCUUUGAAUGUCGUCCAAACAUCUCAUUCUUAUGGGGACUUGAUGCUACUCAAUAAAGCAUCUGAGUUAAAGCUGGAAAAUCCUUCAAAUUACAUGGUUGAAAUGGCAAAGGUUGAGUCGGUAUUCCAUGUAAGCAACUCAGAAGCAGUCCGGUAUUUGGAGACAUUUUCUUCCAUGAAUCCGGAUUCAAGUGGACGUGUUGCGCUACAUGACUUUCUUCGGGUUCUCAAACUGAAGCCUUGCACUCUUUCUACUGAGAUAUUCGAGUUCAUUGAUGUGGAGAAGGUUGGAUCAAUCAAUUUCAGACAGUUCUUGUUUGCCUCGGCUCAUGUAUCAACACAGCCACUUUUUCAGCAAACAUGCGAGCUAUCCUUUUCACAUUGUGACGCAGAUGGAGAUGGCUAUAUCUCCAUUCAAGAACUUGGAGACGCGCUGAAACCCACAAUCCCAAACUUGAACAAGGACGAGAUUCAAGGGAUGUUCAUGUUUCUUGACGACGACAAAGAUCAAAGAAUCAGCAAGAGUGACUUCUUGUCCUGCUUACGAAGAAACCCUCUGCUCAUAGCUAUCUUCUCGCCUAUCUUGGCUACAACAUAACACAGACAGAACAAACAGCUGUGGCUAACAUUUUAUGAGUUUAUCUUGUCUUUGUAACUAUAUUGUAAAAAAAGAAUGUCAACAGAAGGGGCUGCUGAGUUUUAGGCCUAUCCCCUCCUCCAUGGAUCCAUUGUCCAUCCAAUGAGUUUGGACUAUAACUGCGUGACGUUCUCUACCCCAAAAAACGCUAUAGUGUUUACUCUUAUACCUCUUGAGUACACUCUCUGUAUUUGCUACCUUUUUGUUAAAAAAAUUGGGGUUAUACAUAUAUUAUUCGAAUUUCGAUUGUAUCAGUAUCAGUGAUUA